AUGUUAAUAAAAAUGCAGUUCUCUUUUUGUCAACUUGACGCAUCCCGCGGCAUUUUAUGACUAUCUUGUCAAACUGACCUCUAACAGAAUAUAUAUAAAGCUGAAAAAGAUGAUUUCAUACAUCAUUUCUCCUUUGACGUUCCCAAAGAACACAUUGGAACGAUAUAAAUACUCAGUUUAUAAUUUUUCUUGUUAUUAAAACUUGUGGAACAAUAGACAGUUAAAAUGUUGAAGAUAUUCGGAUUCAUUUUGAUUCUAUGCGUAGCAACAACUUUGACUUUUCCUGGAAUCUUAACGAAACCAAUAGAAGACGUCAUGUUAGUAAGAUUGAAUAGAGCUGCUGAUUCUCGAACUACUUAUGGACAUGGACAUCACCAUGACAAUAGACAUCAGGAUGGUUAUCAUCAUGGACAUUAUUAUUAUCGUAGUUAUUAUCAUGGGCAUCACCAUGGGCACGAAAAUGGACAUUAUGGUGGACAUCACGGUGGUUAUGGUAAAUAAGCUGCGAACAUUUAUGUACAUAAUGUAUAAACAAGAAUGCAGCUAUAAAUAUGUUUAAUAUAAAGUAACUUGUCCAAUAUGUAAAUUUUGUUACACAGAAUAUUAUUUUCAAAUAAAACAAUAAAAUAUUUAACAAUAUAGUUACAAUUGAUUUAUAGGAAAAAAAUUCCAACUCAAUUUUUAUAAUUCCUCCUACACUAAACGACAACUAAUAUCGUCCAGAUUUAAAAUAAUCGCUAAUUUAUAAUAAUCAUUAUACUUAUUAUUGUUCAUAAUUAUCAGUAAAAUAAAAUAUAAUAUCUUUGACAUACACGAAAUAUACAAUUUAUUUAAUUUACGUGAAAUAUAUAAAAUAUGUAUAUGCAAUAAAUUUACAUGAUUAUGAAAUACACCGAUCAUAA